GAGAGCGCUGGUCAGUCGCAAUUUCUAGUCAAAUCUCUUUUGUCUCUGAUUCCUUCUUUCUGUUUGGGAUCCAGUGAGAAAGUACGAGUUCAUAAAGCGGAAACUAUUUUGGCUUUCUACCGUCAGCCGUUAUACUUUUGUCCGGUGACUUUCCCGCUGCCUGUUCUUCUUCCCCUGGAGGACUCUGCCCUGUCUCGUGUUUGUUUGGUACCGUUCUGCUCUCUGUAUUGAAGAAUUCUGGUGGAGAUCUAUGUAUUAAAUUGAAUUGUUUGGGGCCACUUGUUCUGAAUGAGCUCAAGCGAGGAACUCUGCAAUUUCGUCGACUUCUGAAACUUUUGGGAAUUCUCGUCAUGUCGCAGCAAGGAUAUGAUAUCAAUUCUCUCUUCCAAGAAGCUCAAAGCCGAUGGCUGAAGCCUGCAGAAGUGCUUUAUGUCCUACAAAAUCAUGAGAAGUACCAAUUCACUCAGGAGCCUCCUCAAAGGCCAACAAGUGGAUCUUUGUUUUUAUUUAACAAGAGGAUCCUUCGUUUCUUUCGUAGAGACGGUCAUAAUUGGCGCAAAAAGAAGGAUGGAAGAACUGUCGGGGAAGCACAUGAACGACUAAAGGUUGCAAAUGUUGAAGCUUUAAAUUGUUAUUAUGCUCAUGGAGAAGAGAACCCGAAUUUCCAGAGACGUAGCUAUUGGAUGUUGGACGCGGAGUAUGAACACAUUGUUCUUGUUCAUUAUAGAGAAAUAACUGAGGGGAGGCCCAGCCCUGGAUCUGCGGCCUUGUUAUCACCUGGAGCCUCUUCUACUCUUAGUCCAAGCCCAAGGUCUUAUACCACCAAUUAUCCAAGUGCCUCCUCUGCAACUAGUGAUUUGCAUGAACCAUGUCAGACUUUAUCAAGUCCAGCCUCCAUUGAAGUUAGUUCUGAGAAAGUCAAUGAGCCUAAAGGGGUGGAUGGUAAAGGAAAGUUUGCUGGUUCAUCGAACCUUGAGGUUACCUUGAGAAGGCUUGAGGAGCAGUUAAGUUUAAAUGAAGAGAGCCUCAAAGAAGUCGGUCCAUUUAGUUUUCAGGAGACAGAAAUUAAUGGCUCAGAACUUCUGGAUUACGGAACGGGUUUGACAAAGCAGAAUCACUAUUCAGGGUUAUUCCCUCAGACGGAAGAAUAUGCUAUUCAUGAUCAAUUUUUUAGCGGACUUGCUGGAAUGCAAGAUCCUUCAAACAGUUUUGUACCACUUCAAGAUGCAGGUAAUGCUGGUGAACAUCCUCAUCAGUCUUACUCGUUUGGCCGUACUGAUGGAAGCAAAGAAUCUCUAUCUUGGAACGAGCUGCUAGAGACGUGUAGGACUUCAUCAAUUUCAAAGCUUCAGGAAGAGCAGCUAUCUUCUUCAAGGAGGGAAUUAGCUGAUCAGCAAGAGCACUCUCAUUGGCCAAACUUCAGUGGACCAUGUGAUACAAACUUUACAGCUCCUAUGUUACUGUCACAAGAAGAAGAAAAAUUUAAGAUUCAUGCACUUUCCUCCACAAUAGAAAACCAUGAAACUAGUUCUGACUACUAUGCAAUGCUCUUUGACCAAGGCAGUAUACCUCUUGAAGCGGGUUCAAGGGUGACUAUUGCACAAAAGCAGAGAUUUACAAUCCAGGCUGUAUCACCAGAGUGGGGUUACACUGAUGAGACUACUAAGAUCAUCGUUGUUGGGUCUUUUGAUUGUGAUCCGGGAGAAUUUACAUGGACAUGCAUGUUUGGUGAUAACGAAGUUCCUAUUCAGAUCAUUCAGGAUGGUGUUAUCCGCUGUGAAGCUCCUCCUCAUCCUCCUGGCAAGGUCACUUUAUGCAUUACUACUGGAAAUCGAGAAUCCUGCAGUGAAGUUAGAGAGUUUGAAUACCGGGGUAAAACUAGUAGUUGCACUCAUUGUAAUUUCUCUCAAACAGAAGCUACAAAGAGUCCAGAAGAACUUCUGUUGCUUGUCAGAUUUGUGCAGAUGCUUCUGUCUGAUUCAUCAAAGCAGAACAUAGACAGUUCGGAGCCUCGCAAAUAUGGAGAAUUGAAAGCUGACAAUGAUAUGUGGGGUCAUAUUAUAGAGGCUCUGCUGUUCGGAAAUGGAGCCAUAUCUAGUACUGUUGAUUGGCUUAUUCAAGAACUACUGAAGGACAAGUUGCCACAGUGGCUGGCUUCCAGAACCCGGGAAGGAUGUGAGCGGGAAGCCUGUCUCUUGUCCAAAAAUGAGCAAGGAAUAAUACACAUGGUUGCUGGUUUGGGUUACGAAUGGGCCUUGAACCCUAUUCUCAGUCAUGGAGUCAGCAUAAAUUUCCGAGACAUCAGUGGAUGGACUGCUCUCCAUUGGGCUGCACGCUUUGGAAGGGAAAAAAUGGUUGCUGCCCUGAUAGCUUCUGGUGCAUCAGCUGGGGCUGUGACAGAUCCAACUUCACAGGAUCCGACUGGUAAAACUCCGGCAUCAAUUGCAUCAAUUAAUGAGCACAGAGGACUUGCUGGUUAUCUUUCAGAGGUGGCUCUGACUAGCCAUCUUUCAUCCCUCACCAUGGAAGAAAGUGAACUUUCUAAAGGUCCUGCAGAGGUUCAAGCAGAAAUGACUGUAAAUAGUUUAUCAAAAGGGUAUCUUGGGGCCUGCGAGGAUCAAAUUUCACUUAAAGAUACCUUGGCGGCAGUUCGGAAUGCAACUCAAGCUGCUGCACGUAUACAAUCUGCUUUCCGAGCACAUUCUUUCCGUAGACGACAACAAAGUAAUGCUCCUGGCAGCAUAGAUGUGUAUGGUGUCAAUGAGAAUGACAUUCAAGGGCUUGCAGCCAUAUCAAAACUAACCUUUGGUCAUGCUCGUGAUUACAACUCCGCUGCUUUAUCCAUUCAAAAGAAAUAUCGAGGUUGGAAAGGUCGCAAUGAUUUUCUGACAUUACGCCAGAAAGUUGUGAAGAUACAGGCUCAUGUGAGAGGCUAUCAAGUCAGGAAGCAAUACAAGGUUAUUUGUUGGGCUGUUGGAGUGUUAGAUAAGGUUAUCCUGCGAUGGCGACGAAAAGGAGUUGGUUUGCGAGGUUUUCGGAAAGAGAUAGAACCCAUUGAUGAGAGUGAAGACGAUGAAGACAUUCUCAAGGUGUUUCGCAAGCAGAAAGUGGAUGCAGCUCUAGAUGAUGCUGUCUCACGUGUGUUGUCCAUGGUUGAAUCUCCUGAUGCACGUCAACAAUAUCGUCGGAUGCUAGAGAGGUACCGCCAAGCUAAGGCUGAAAUUGAUAACACAGCAGCGUCGACUUCUCUUGGUGACAUCUCAGACAUGGAGAAUGAUGAUAUAUACAACUACCUGCAGGAGCAACUUCCAGUUCCAGCCACCCUUACUUACAGUUCUCGUUGAUCAAAUUUAACUUCACCUUAUUGAUGGUUUAUAGGUCUAGUCUUGUGUAAUAAUUUCUUCAGUCCCUACUUAACUGAAAUUGAUUUAGAUUUAUAAGUUUGAGUCAGGUAACCCAUUAAUAGAUGCUGUAUUUGCCUCUUUUAAUUUGCUGUAAAUGCCUCUUUUAAUUUGCAGUAAAUGGUUACUGAUGGGUUUGAUUUAGUUUGAGCGAGUAUAGUUCUUGAUCAAUCUAUCUA